UUCGACAUUCGCGCGUCGACGGUGACACGAUAUAAAAACUACACGCGGCUCGCUUUACGUAUACAUGUCACGAUCGUGUAUUCAGUUCUGUGGCGAGUAAUCGUGAAUCAGUCUCGUUUGGCGGUACCGAGAGGCGUGUUUCCCAGGCUGUGCAACUGUGCGGUGUUCUAUCCCCGUUUCUCCAUCUUCCGCAUUCCUCGCUUCGAUUGGAGUAUCUCUCUGUGUACGACGAGAGCGUGUAUCGACGGCUCCACGACAACGGAGAAGACCAGUGGUACGCGCAGAACAGUUCGAUUGAAGGAGAGCCAACGGAACACCAGCUGAAAUCAUCUCGAUCCUGGACGGAGGAUGAGCUAAAACGGAGCGAAAUAGAGAAGAGCGGAACGAAGCGAGGGAACGAGUCAUCGACGAAUUUUCCUAGGUAUGCAGCCAGCAGGGAGGAUGCAACGGUCGAUGACGUGAAUCGACCGACUUUUCGGUCGAUAACUGCCUGCCACGAUUGGCAGCCUCUGAAUGGCUGGCCAACCGUUCCGUCACUUCUGUCGGUGGACUGUUGUGUGCCCCGGUACCGGAUAACCGGCCUAUAAGUGCGUUUCCUCCUGCCGCGGCCCACUCGAACGAUAAUCCUUUAUCCGUGAUAUUCCAUUUCUGCCUCGUAUUACCAAAUGCUGUUCGUAUACGGUUGAAGUGAUCCCCUUGACCGUCUCCGAGUUUCUUCGUCACACUCCCCGCUUCGCGAUCGUUGGAACGAAGAGUCCCCCCACCACGUCACGAGUCUUGCCCGAUAGAGGAGUGGGAGAAGAGGGGGAAGAAAGGCGGGAAGAACAGGGAAGAAGCGGCCUAUUCUGUUUGGAAUAACAGUUUGUCGAAGGUCGUUGCCGAUCUUCCAUCACGUAAUCAAAAAGUUGGCGAGCGAAAUAGAGGAGAGAGAGAGAGAGAGAGAGAGAGAGAGAGAGAGAGAAAGAGAGAGAGGAACUAGUUAGAGGAACGAAGAGAGAAGGAGUUUGUCGGAAGGUGGGUUCUUCCUUCUUUUUUUUUCUCCUCCUCUCUCUUUUCCUUUCCUUUCUCUCGGCGUGGAAGACAAGUGGCCACUUUCUAUCCAGGGGUCGGCGGAUGAAGGCAAAGUGGACGGUGAACAACGCGGAACACCGGUUCCUUUACUACGCGCCUCGCCCUUGAUUCAGAAGGACGGCCACGUGCAGGACGGUGCGAGACCACGAUAAUCGGUAUCACGGAGAAUCACGUUCAUUUCCCCACCAACUACGGCCACAUGACUUGACGAUCGCCCCACCUACCGCUGUUCGUCGUUGAGCGAAAGCGGCGACAGUGGCAGCAACGUGACCGACGUGGGGAGGGCGAGCGCAUCACGACGACCACGACGACGAUCGACGACACCAACAACGACGGCGACGACGACGACGACGACGAGGAAGAAGGAAGAAGAACGGCGGAGGAGUAAGUCAUCGGUUACUCGCAAGCGAGGAGGCUACUUAACGAGUGACAUAGGCCGUUGGUGGUUCAGUUAGCCGCGGACGGUCAACCCAGGUGCGAGAGUCGUUCGUGCUCUUGCAUUUUAUCCUUUUUUUUUUUUUGUUAUCUCCCCCCUCCCUCUUCCGUUCUUUCUUUUCUUCCCCCGCCUCCUUAUCCGUCUUAUUAUCGUCCAUCUUUUUCCAACGACGAGUUUUUCGGUUGGGAAAAAGGUUCGUUUCCAUCGUGCUCGAAUAGAUAGAUAGAUGGAUGGAUGGAUAAAUAGAUAGAUAGAUAGAUAGAUAGAUAGAUAGAUAGAGAUAAGUGGGCCGUGUUGACGUGGUGGCUGUGCUGGUGCCGUUGUUUGUUGUCGUUGUUCUUGUAUGCUCGUUGCCUCCUCGGUUCGCCGGUAGAGAAGUAGCGGUUUUCAGUGUGGAUAGUGCGGAUAAUAGUGACGAGUGUGAAACUGGAGCCGCAAGUGGUAGCAGCAGUUGCAGUCGAGAGGCAGAGCUAUCAUGUGCCCGCGGAGGAUCUUCGGACUGGCCAUCGUCGCGCUGGUGACUUUUGGUGGACGAGUGGCAGCCUAUACGAAUCAGUGGGCAGUGCACAUCGAGGGGGGACCGGAUGUGGCCCAGCAGGUCGCGCGGGAGCAUGGAUUUCAAUAUCUCGAUAAGAUAGUGGACGAUUGGUACCACAUGGUGCACACGUCAGUCGUGAAGAGAUCAGCGGAACCGCAUUUCGGAGUGCAGGGGAGGCUAAUAGAAGACCGCAGAGUGCGUCGAGCUGAGCAACAACGCGUAAAAUCGAGAACGAAACGGGAUCUAAUUAUUAAACGCGGUCCGUCCAACCUGAGAACCGUUCUCAACGACGAGAUGUGGCCUCAGAUGUGGUACUUGAACAGGGGAAAGGGGUUAGAUAUGAACGUGCAAGAAGCUUGGGCUGAAGGAAUUACGGGACGUGGAGUCGUGGUCACGAUUCUUGAUGACGGAUUGGAGAAGAAUCAUCCGGAUCUUUAUAAGAACUACGAUCCACAAGCCAGCUACGAUGUCAAUAACCAUGAUGAAGAUCCCAUGCCACGAUACGAUGUUCUAGACAGUAAUCGACAUGGCACCAGAUGCGCUGGUGAAGUGGCUGCAACUGCUAACAAUUCCUUGUGCGCGGUAGGAGUUGCAUUUGGAGCUGGCGUCGGGGGAGUGAGAAUGUUGGACGGAGACGUAACGGAUGCCGUCGAAGCAAGGUCUCUGAGUCUAAAUCCUCAACACAUCGAUAUUUAUAGUGCCUCCUGGGGACCGGACGACGAUGGAAAAACCGUCGAUGGUCCUGGCGAACUUGCCACUAGAGCUUUCAUUGAGGGAAUCACAAAGGGUCGCAAUGGUAGAGGGUCGAUUUUCGUCUGGGCGUCGGGAAACGGCGGCAGGGAUCACGACAACUGCAACUGCGACGGUUAUACGAACAGCAUCUGGACGUUGUCCAUCAGCAGCGCGACGGAGAACGGCCAGGUGCCUUGGUAUAGCGAGGCGUGCUCGUCCACCCUGGCGACGACCUACAGUUCCGGUUCAUCGGGGGAGAAACAAGUGGUGACCACCGACCUGCAUCAUCUUUGCACGACCAGCCACACGGGCACCUCUGCAUCGGCACCCUUGGCCGCCGGUAUAUGCGCCCUCGCCCUCGAGGCCAACAGAGACUUGACUUGGAGGGACAUGCAACACAUCGUCGUGAGGACAGCGAAACCUGCCAAUCUGAAAGCUAUGGAUUGGGUGACCAAUGGUGUUGGACGAAAUGUGAGCCACAGUUUUGGUUAUGGCUUAAUGGAUGCAGCUGCCAUGGUGCGGUUGGCCAAAAGAUGGCGAACAGUACCAGAGCAACACAAAUGCGAGGUGUCAGCACCACACAUGGGCAGGCCAAUACCACCAAAGAGCCAGCUAACUCUGGAAUUGCACGUCAAGGAGUGUAGCGGCGUUAAUUUUCUCGAGCACGUGCAAGCAAAGGUUUCAUUGAUGGCAUCGAGAAGAGGGGAUCUUCAGAUACAACUAACAUCUCCACAAGGUACAAAGAGUACCCUUCUUGCAAAAAGGUCACACGACGUCUCGAAGGCUGGUUUCAAUCAAUGGCCAUUUAUGUCGGUUCACACUUGGGGAGAAAGACCACACGGCACGUGGAAACUUGAAAUCCACAAUGAGGGUCGAUACCAAGGUCGCGCCACGCUUCACGAAUGGGCGUUGAUAUUUUACGGGACGUCAACCCUUCCCGAUCGCACGGAAUACGCGUUGUACAAUCCCGCGGGGAUGAACAUACCGAGAAGACCAUUCGUUAAAUCACGCGAGACAGUGUUCUCCAAGGCUCAGAACUCUCUCACGAGCUCGAAGAUCAAGCAGAGCCAACACAAAUCGGAGAAGCCGGGUAGCCUCAGUCCACCUUACGUGGUGAACGCCCAGAUACAGUCGCAGAGGAAGAGCAAGGCGCGUGGCCAGCACAAAAAUGGCAAAUCGGCCAAUAAACCCACCCCAAAGCCAACCGUGCAAACGUUGAGAGGGUUGACCGUGGCGAGAGGGCCUAACGUCGCGGGGGAGGUUCGCCUGAUCACGUCCAGGCCGCGAGGAAGGAGCACACCCAGCCCUGUCACGACCACUGUCACCCAAACCAGUCCGCCCACCACCGUUCCAACCACCAAAGUGGCCAGCAGACAAAGAAUCGUGGACGUGGCGACUGCCUCGUCUCUUCAGAGGGGUUUGAUCCUCUUGGAGCCACCAGCUAAACCUGCCAUUAACAACGUGCCAGCCAUUUUCCAACAGUAUCCCAAGAUUCAACAGCUCUAUCCAUUGUACCCUGUCUAUGCCGGGGUUAGAGGAGCCGGCCAGCAACACGCGACCAGGGCCAAGGGGUUGGAAUUGCUGCAGGAUGAACAGUUCGAUUCGAAGAACUUGGAUAAGGACACCCUAGACGAGUUCAAGCUUGUGUUCUACGGCACGGAAACGUCAUUGGAAUUCGACGACGAGUUGGACAAGGACAAACCGUUACCGCCGGUGAACCAGCAGGACGUGAGCCAGGACAAUACGGCAAUAGGGGCGAGGCACAACGUGAUGGACACGGAGGGUGGGCCGUGGACAGGUAGCCAACAGGUAGAGCGCGUGUCCCAUCCGGAAGUGCAGAGACCGACAACCGAGAACCAGACGAGCGGUUGCAGCGGCAUCGACACUGGAAAUGGCAGGUGCCUAGAAUGUAAGCUGAACUGGUACUACUACGACGGAACCUGCGUGUACAAGUGUCCUAGAGGAACUUACGGCGUUUCUGACGAGUCAAAGGCAGUGUGCUCCAACUGCCAUUACUCCUGCCUAACUUGUUCAGGACCUUCGAAUACCGAGUGCACCAGUUGCCACGAGGAUGCCGAGUUUUCAUCGAGCCUCGACGAGUCCGUGUGCAUCCUACGCGACCUCUCGUGGACCAUGCACUCCACCCUCUGGUUCUACUGGAUGACCAUUUUGUUCUCGAUCAGCGUCCUUUUGUUCAUCGUGAUAAUCGUGUACGUGGGUGUCAAGUGGUAUCUAAAAAACAGAAAUUCGUACAGAUAUAGCAAGGUAUCUUCUUCGAGCAAUGGAGAUGCGCACAAGGACAGUUUGCAAAAUGGUUACAUCUCUGAUAGUGAAUAAAGAAAAUGGACAUUGAGAGAGAGAAAGGAAUAAAAUUGAACGAUCCAGAGAUAUCUUGUUAUGGAUAAAUAUUUUGAUGACAUACCUGUGUGAUGUUUUGUUUAUGGUGUAAUUGAAAUAAUAAUGUGAAGUUGAUAAGAGUUGUUGUUGUAAUAUUUCGAAACGAUGAUUCGAGGAGAAAGGAGGAUUCCGUCCUUCCAGUUUGGCACAUUCCAAUUCAUGUGCGUUAAGUAAGGAGUUGUUAAUGAUCUCCCAGUGAAUAUCGUAGAUGCGAGAGUGCAUUUACGUUGUGAUUUUACGAGGUUAUAUGCAAAGUAUUUAAAGAAAAUUGUGGGAUUUUAAGAGCUUUUAGUACUCGUAGAGGAUAAAAAAUAUUUAAGUUCUGAAAUCAAUUGAUUCGAUUUUCUUUUUUUUUUUUUUUUUUAUUACUUUCAACGAGUACUGUAAGUUCUUAAAUUUUGAUACUCUUAUUUUUUUGACAUCCUGUAUUUUUAUCUUACCACGAAUGAAAUGAAGUAGAAUGGACUUAUUAUUAUUAGAAAUAAUCACACACAAUUUAUAAUUUAAAUGUUGUCUGAAUUCUAAUAUUUAACCAAAUUAAAUCAUUCCACGAGUAUGCGUGUAUGUAAAAGAUUCACAUCGUAGAUUUUCUUGGAAUUUUCUUUGGAAAUUUGAGAUUCACAAUUUAAGCUCACUUUUAAAUUGUGAAAAUUUGCAAAGAUUUACAAGAAUUUUAAAUACGUAAUAGGUAAUUUUUAAUACGUAAAUAGGUAAGUUGAAUUUACAAAUUGUAAAAAUUUACGUAAUAGACUUUCUUAAGAAAUUAAAUUUAAGCUCAACAUUCAAAUUGUCGGAAAUUUUAAUUGAGACACGAAUUGAAUUUACCAAAUUUCGAUUUUCACUUGAAUUAACAUUUAAUAAUUAAGUAUGCGUAGCCAUUAUUCGAUCAUCGUUAAGGGGAUAAACUAAAUUACAGCGUCUAGUGUAUCUUGUGCUCGUCGAUAAUCAAAAUUAAAAUUGCAUUAUAUUCUGCAACUAACUGUAACACAAUUUGCUGUCCGAGUUCCUAGACCGCACUAGAGCACAUUGUAAUUAAUUAAUACACCGGUCAAAUUGCUAUGUGAUACUAUUUAUAUAAAUUGCAUUAAACAUACGAGACGCAAUAAAGUAUAAUAGUAUUUCCUAAUGACCAAAGACUGUUGCACAACUGCUCAGUUAAGAGUGAAUCCUAGAUAUAUAAAAUCAAAAGUGAAUAUUAAAAUUAAUUAAUUAGAUCUCUCAGAUUAACCUUUUUCUUUAAUACAGAUAUUAUAAGGGGAAAAAAGGAUUCAUAAUUUUAGAAUUCGAUGACGUAGAAUGGAAGAAUCCAUAUUUUUUCAAAAUUAUAUCCUUUUUUCAUUAUCUUCUGUAUCUGAGCGUAUAUAUAUUCAUAAGAUAUUAACUUUUUUAGAAUAAAGUUAAAACACAUCUGAAUAUUUAAUAUAGUUUUUACAAUAAAUACCAAGAUGUUAAAGAAUGUUUUGAUUGAUUGUGUAUCGAUUAAGAAAUAACUUGACUUUUGAAUUGAGAAAUCUAAUUAAUAAUAAUAGCUAACUCUAACACUUGUUAUAUAUAUAAAAUAUUCGAAAUGAAAUUAUAAUGUUAAUUAUCAUUGUUAUAAACUGAAAAAAGUGAGACAUUAAAUAAAAAUUUCACUAAUGAAAUGUAAUUGCUAUUUUUAUCCGUUGAACUAUUGAAAAUUAUUAUUUUAUAUGAUAUUAGAAUAAAACCUAUUGUAACAUAA